UGGGACUUGGGAUUUGGGACUCCCAGGCUGGCCCGAGCAGCCUGAGCCUGGGAGGGAUUCUGGCUCCUUCUGCCCACUGGCCCAAGCUGAGUGGGAGCUGAAAGGGGUGUCUGCCCCCCCUUUGGGGGGGCAGGACACAGCCCAGGGCCUGGGUGCUACCUGGCACUUGGAAGAUGCCUGUACCCUGGUUUCUGCUGUCCUUGGCACUGGGCCGCAGUCCAGGGGUCCUUUCUCUCGAGAAGCUGGUGGGAACCCAGGACAGUAUCCGCUGCUCUCCAGGUCUGUCAUGCAACCUCUCAGAUAAUGUGCUGUGUUACAAGGGGGAUCUGGUGCCCGCCUCCGGCCCUGUGUUGGUUCCCACUCAGCUGCGGACAGAGUUGGUGCUCAGGUGCUACCAGAACCAGGACUGUGGGCUCUGUGUGCGCGUCGUCCUUCCUCUGGCUGUGCAAGCGUCUGUCCAGGCCCAGAUCGUGCUGUUCUUCCAGGCCUACCCAGUCUUCCGCUGCGCCCGGCUGGAUGUGGAGGUACCUGUGGCCCAUGCACAGCCAGGGCAGUCUGUGGGCUAUGUAGUGUUUGAGUGUUUCGAGGCUGCACUGGGGUCCGAGGUGCACGUGAGGGCCUACACUCGGUCCCAGUACCAGCAGGAACUCAGCCUCAUGCAGAAGCUGCCUGUUCUGCCCUGGAUCAACGUGUCUGUGGACGGGGAUGAGAAACAGCUACUUCUGGACGUACCUGCAGAGCAACGUUUUGGCCUCUCCUUGUACCUGAACAAGACUCAGGGUCCCCCCAAACGCCUGUGGUCCAGAAAUCUGACUGGACCCCAGACCAUUCUUCUGAGCCAACAAGAACUGUUCCCUUGUCUUUGUGUCCAGGUGUGGCCGCUGGAGCUCGAUGCCAUUCGGACAAACAGCUGCCCCUUCCAGAAUGACCCCCAAGCCUACUGGAACUUCUGGCAUGCUGUUCACGUGAAGUUGUUGUCCCUGACCAACUGGAGGCUGGAUGCACCCUGCUCACUCUCUGCUGUGGCUGAGCUGUGCUGGCAGGCUCCGGGUGGGGGCCCCUGCCAGUCACUGGUGCCACCGCUGUCCCCUAAGAGCAUCAACGACAGCAAGGUGUUUGAGUUCCCACUGCUGGAAGGUCACCCCAACCUCUGUGUCCAGUUGAGCAUCUGGGAAGGCCCGCAGCUGCUGAAGUGCCUGUGGGCUGGCCCCCCCAGAAAUGAUAUGCUGCUGGUGGAGACCCAAGGCCCGCAGGACAAUGGAUCUCUCUGCGCCCUGGAAGCAAAUGGCUGCACCUCACUGCUCAGCCGAGCCUCCCUGAGGACAAGGCGCCUUGGAGACCAGAUCCUCCGGGACCUUCGCUCAGGCCAGUGUCUGAAGCUGUGGGACGAUCACCUGAUUGUACUCUGGGCCUGCCCCAUGGACAAGUAUGUGCACCAGCGCUGGGCCCUGGUGUGGCUGGCCUGCCUGCUGCUUGCAGCCUUGCUUUUCUUCCUCCUGCUCCUCAAGAAGGACCACAUCAAAGGGUGUCUGAGGCUCUUGAAGGAGGAUGUCGGCGGCGUGGGGGGGACCCCCAGAGGCCGUGCAGUCCUUUUGCUCUAUUCUGCAGAAGGCGACGACCAUGACAAGGAGGGCUUCGAGCAAGUGGUGGGCGUCCUGGCUUCAGCCUUGGCCCGCCUGAGGAUGCGCGUGGCAGUGGACUUGUGGAGCAGGAGAGAACUGAGUGCUUUGGGGCCUGUGGCCUGGGUCCACGCUCAGAGGCGCCAGAUCUUGCAAGAGGGCGGCCUGGUGGUCCUCCUCUUCUCCCCGAGCACUGUGGCGCUGAGCCAGGAGUGGUUGUUGCAAGAUGGGGCCUCAACUUCCAUGCACACGCGAGGCCCUGAGGCCGCCUUCGCCUCUUCCCUCAGCUGCGUGCUCCCCGACUUCCAGCAGGGCCGUGCCUCAGGAUGCUACAUCGGGGCCUGCUUCGACGGGCUGCUGGCUCCUGAAGCAGUUCCUGCGCUUUUCAGAGCCGUGCCAUUGUUCACGUUGCCUUCCCAGAUGCCCGCCUUCCUGAGGGCCCUGCAAGGCCGAGGAGGCGACGCCAUCGCCCUGCCUGGAGCCAGGAGGCUGAGGGCGAGUGCAGAACAUGUGGCGCAUGCUCUGCAACCCGCCUUGGACCGCUACUUCCGGUCGCAGAGGUCGACUUCCGGUUCCGCCCGGGGAGACCCAGAAGUCGGGAUGUGAAUAAAAGAUGGCUUUCU